AUGUGCGACCGAUGGAGAGUAAUUGCGACCAAAGAGACCAUGUUUGAGACUAUGGAUACGGCGUUGAGAAUAAUUUGCGAGACAGCGACUGAUGGCGAGCAGAGGCCAAUUUUCGGUCGUAACUCGGUCGCAAGCCCGCAUUUCCAGGCCAAAAACAUGUGGGAAGACCUUGAAGGCCAGAUGUGUCGUUGUGUCAUAAGUUGUCUCAGGUUUGCUGGGGGGUAUAGUCUCAUUCUGAUUUUCCUGCCCAGAAAGUCCCAGAGAUGCUCUGUUGGUGAGAGGUCAGGGGAACGAAACGGCCAAGCUGGAGCUGCUAGCCCUGAAGACAUCAUACAGUUGAAGAAGAAGAUAUUUGAUGGAUAUGACAGAUAUGUUCGUCCUGUUCACAGCCACGAAGAAGCAAUACAAAUGGACAUGGUGUUUUCACUUGGCAGCAUUGAUUCUCUGGAUUUGAAAAGUCAAAAACUUAAAUGGAAUGGAUGGCUUACUCUUACAUGGCAUGAUAAACUGCUGUCCUGGAACGCCAGCCAGUAUGGAGAUACUGACUUCAUCAUGGUGCCACAGACGAAGAUUUGGCUUCCCGACUACGUCAUUAAUAACGAUGUUUCUGCUAAAACAGUCUUGGGAAACGCGGGCACUCUGGUUUUCAUUAGAAGCAGUGGCAAAGUCACCUGGGAACCUGGAAUGAUUAGUGAAACAAGCUGCAAAAUUGACAUCAGGAAGUACCCCUUCGACACCCAGACCUGUUCCAUCGAUUUUCUUCCCUGGAUGACCACAAGCAAGUUCAUGAACACUACAGUGUCCUCAAACAAGAUCGAAAUGUCAGGUUUUGUGCCACAUGGAGAGUUCACUAUAGCAGGGUCAUCAGUGGUGUAUGCUCGGUUCCCUGCAGGUUUUACAGACGACGACUUAGUGGGCAUUACUUUCUCCGUUGUCCUCAACAGACGUCCAGCGUUCUACUGGAUGAUCAUGAUAUUUCCAAUGAUGACCUUUCCUCUGCUCUGCCCGAUCAGCUUCCUUGUACCCGUAGAGAGUGGAGAGAAGAUAACUCUGUCAAUCACCGUGGUGUUGUCCUACUUGGUCUUCAUUGGGUCAAUGAACGACGCCAUGCCAAAGCUGUCUGAUACCGUUUCUUUGAUGGUGAUAUACGCCUCCUUGCAAACAACUAUUAGCAUCCUCACAGUAGUCGCUAAUGGAAUCAUCAUAUGUAUUCACAAACUUCCCUCGGACUUUCAAGUCAAAUUUCCCAAAUUCCCCAAGAUGUCACAGAGGCUCGGGACAAUUGGGGAACGGAAUAAAUACCUGGUCAAAGGAGAGUCUCUUCAAAGUGUUACUGGUAGUUCCUUGGGGCUGUGUCACGAUGACCUAAAAAACAAAUGGAAUUCCAGCAUUUGCAGACGGAAAGAAUGCGUCAUCGAAACCAGAUGAGCCUGGAAGAGACAAAUGGAUCCUGUAUGCACGUCGACUUGACCAGAUUUGUUUCUCAUGUUUCAUGUGUCUUACUAUAGUGGUGUCAGCUAUAUUCGGGUUUCUCAUGUCCUAGUGAGUGGAUACAUGUUGUCUUUCACCGUGGCACGCUCUCGUUUCCAAUAAUGGAGCAGGGUCUUACAAGCCAGCAUUUCAUAUCAGUGGCAAAGAUGGGAGCAUUCAUUAAUUUAUCAACACAACCUGGCAACCUGAUUAGUUUCCAACACCCUCACAACCAGAAGGACUCGUGAGAAGCCAUUUUUUAAAGAGCAUGCUUCCUGGUUGAUAACAUAGGCAAUGACAAUAGUGAAUGGGUACAACAGCACACAAUCAGCCAGGAUGAAGUUCGAAUUGUCACUUAACUGUCACUGUUUACUACUUGAUGCACCCGUCUGGAUUCAGGGGAGGGGUAUAUGUGCUCAUCAAUAUUUGGUUUUUGUAAGAAUCGACUAAACGGAUCGAGAGGUCAAUCACUGGAUUUUCGUGUCAAGAUGAAAUUAAUUGCAGUUGCUUUAAUAAAGCUCAGUGCUAAGCGACAACAAAACGAAUAAAAUAUUUAGGCGGUAAACGUGCUCAAGUGAUCAGCCUUACUGACAUGGUCGAUACAGCUUGUCGUUGUGAAAACAAGCAAACAAAUCAUUGAUUAUUCUUUCACAGCCGGAUGGAAAUCACAUCAUCGUCCAUUAAAAUCUCAGCAGGACAUCAAUACCCAACAGAGUUAUCAUACCUGUCUUGUCACCAAAGGAAAAUGGAAGCACGUAUCAUAUAUCCAGCUACAUGGAAUCUUUACUGGCUGAAGGUUUCUGCAAGAAAACAAGAUCCUUGCAUUGAUCUUGAAAGUCAAACAAGACUUAGCGUCAAUCUAUCUGCAGGAAAUAACUGAAUAGUACCAUCCCUCGAGAAAUCAGCGACCAAGAAGUUGAAAGUUACUCCCUUUCUCUGCAUGAAAAGUCCGACAGAAACCUUAUUUAGUAAUAUACAGCCUUAUGACCUAUUCUGAAGUUAAUAUGUAACGUACUUAAAAUGUCACGUAAGUAAAAAUUAAAGUAAUUAUCUAGCAAUAGAUAUAUGCUUUAACAAUGCUGCAACGGCAUGUAUAACAAGAGGAUUUUUGGAAAAGCAAACCCACCCACCCUCUAUCUUGUAAUUAAGUUAAACAAAGGACGGCAUAAGCAGCUGUUCCCACCCGACUGGACACUAUUGGAAGCUCAGAGAGUCUCGCCCAAGACUGUUCUACAGUUAUAUACCUUGAGACACGAAUCUGUUAUGAAUCUGAAUAUAUCUGGGUUGAAGAUAUUGCCUGAUAAUUCACACUGUAUUCACAUAUGAUACAUGAUCGGGAAUACCCUAUUUUCCAAAUAAAAUUGUGA